CCUGCGGCCCUAGGUGAUGCCCCUGCCCCCACGGCGUCCAAGCUGCUCCCUGCGCGGGCGACAGGGACGGCAGGUCCCGCGCACAUGAGGUGCGCGCGUCCGCCCCUUCUGCAGCCCCCCGGGACAGCAGCCUCGGACAGGAGUCCCUGACGUUUUCAGUCCAGACGCACUCUUUUGUGGAGUCACUCCUGGGGUCUUCAUGCAGCCAUGGAUCUGGAUAAACCGUCUGUCUGGGGCUCAUUCAAACAGAGGACCCGGCCUCUAUUACUCAACCUGAGCAAGAAGAAGGUGAAAAAGGACCCCAGUAAACCCCUAGACGUAAGGGGCAGGCGUGGCCUGGAUCGUCGCCUCAGCCUCUCCGUGCCUGACCUCCUGGACUCCAAUGCCUUGGCCCCGGAGGGCCGGCCCUACUCUGGGCCCCAGUCGUCUUACACUUCUGUGCCCAGCAGCCUGUCCACUGCGGGGAUUUUUCCCAAGAGCGGCAGUGGCUCCUUGAAACAGUCUGAAGAAGACCUGGAUUGGAGCCAGGAGGAAGCAGGCCACCUCCACGCGCUGGAAACAGACGCCGAGGAGACCUUCGCCUCUCCCGCCGACAGGAGGGCUUCCAGCAAUGGCAUCUUUGAUCUGCUCCCGAAGCCACCGCUGGGGGAGGAGGUGCUGGGUGAGCCAGAGAAGCUGUGUGGAAGUGGGGACCUCAGUGCUUCUAUGACAUCCCAACAGUUCGAAGAACAAUCCACUCUCGGGGAAGCUGCUGAUGGCUUGGGCAACCUCCCCAGCCCUUUCGCCUACCUGCUCACCAUCCACCUGAAGGAAGGUCGGAACCUGGUCAUCCGGGAUCGCUGUGGCACAAGUGAUCCCUACGUGAAAUUUAAGCUGAAUGGGAAGACUCUGUACAAAAGUAAAGUCAUAUAUAAGAACUUGAACCCGGUUUGGGAUGAAAUAGUUGUAUUGCCUAUACAAAGCCUUGAUCAAAAGCUACGUGUAAAGGUAUAUGAUCGAGAUUUAACUACGUCUGAUUUCAUGGGCUCUGCAUUUAUCAUUCUCAGUGAUCUUGAACUUAACAGAAUGACUGAACACAUUUUAAAAUUGGAAGAUCCGAACAGUUUAGAAGAUGACAUGGGAGUGAUUGUGUUAAAUUUGAACUUAGUAGUAAAGCAGGGUGAUUUCAAGAGACAUCGUUGGUCAAAUCGGAAGCGGUUAAGUGUCAACAAGUCCUCUUUGAUGCGUAACCUGCGGCUCUCAGACUCCUUGAAAAAGAACCAACUCUGGAACGGGAUUAUAAGUAUAACUUUGUUGGAAGGGAAAAAUGUCUCAGGAGGAAACAUGACAGAGAUGUUUGUCCAGUUAAAACUGGGAGAUCAGAGGUAUAAAAGUAAGACACUGUGUAAGAGUGCAAAUCCGCAGUGGCGGGAAGAGUUUGACUUUCACUACUUCUCUGACAGGAUGGGCAUUUUGGACAUUGAAGUGUGGGGAAAGGACAGCAAAAAACACGAGGAGCGUCUGGGCACGUGCAAAGUGGACAUUGCAGCCCUCCCACUCCGGCAAGUCAACUGCUUGGAGCUGCCGCUGGACAGCUGCUCGGGGGCUCUCCUGAUGCUGAUCACACUCACUCCCUGUGCAGGAGUCUCCAUCUCGGACCUGUGUGUGUGCCCCUUGGCAGACCCCAGCGAGAGAAAGCAGAUUGCCCAACGAUAUUGCUUACAGAACUCCCUGAAAGAUAUGAAGGACAUCGGCCUUUUACAAGUGAAGGUUUUAAAGGCAGUAGAUCUCUUAGCAGCCGAUUUCUCAGGCAAGAGCGAUCCCUUUUGCUUGUUGGAGUUAGGCAAUGACCGACUUCAGACACAUACCAUUUACAAAACCCUCAACCCUGCGUGGAACAAAGUUUUUACAUUUCCCGUUAAAGAUAUCCAUGAUGUUUUGGAAGUGACAGUGUUUGAUGAAGAUGGAGAUAAACCCCCCGACUUUCUUGGAAAAGUUGCCAUUCCCUUGCUAUCCAUUCGAGAUGGACAAACAAAUUGUUAUGUAUUGAAGAAUAAAGAUUUAGAACAAGCUUUUAAAGGAGUUAUUUACUUGGAGAUGGACCUCAUUUAUAAUCCGGUCAAAGCCAGUAUUCGAGCCUUCACUCCCAGAGAAAAGCGCUUUGUAGAAGACAGCCGCAAGCUGUCCAAAAAGAUCUUAUCAAGAGAUGUAGACCGUGUGAAAAGAAUCACCAUGGCGAUAUGGAAUACAAUACAGUUCCUUAAAAGCUGUUUCCAGUGGGAAUCCACGUUAAGAAGUACAGUAGCAUUCGUGGUGUUUUUGGUCACGGUCUGGAAUUUUGAACUGUACAUGAUCCCCCUGGCGUUACUGCUGCUCUUUGUGUACAAUUUCAUCAGACCCCCGAAAGGGAAGACUGGCAGCAUCCAGGACAGCCAGGACAGCACAGAUCUCGAUGAAGAGGAGGAGGAAGACGAUAAGGAAUCCGAGAAAAAGGGCAUAAUCGAAAGAAUCUAUAUGGUACAGGAUAUUGUCUCAACAGUUCAGAACAUCUUGGAGGAAAUAGCUUCUUUUGGAGAAAGAAUUAAAAACACAUUUAACUGGACGGUCCCAUUCCUUUCAUCUCUGGCCUGCUUGAUACUGGCGGUUGCCACCAUCACGUUGUAUUUCGUUCCACUUCGGUACAUCGUUUUAAUCUGGGGCAUAAAUAAAUUUACUAAGAAGCUUCGCAAUCCCUAUGCCAUUGACAAUAAUGAACUACUAGACUUCCUCUCCAGGGUACCGUCUGAUGUGCAAAAGGUGCAGUACGCGGAGCUGAGAGUCUGCAGCAGCCAGAGUCCUCUUCGGAAGAAGCGCAGUGCUCUCUAGGACACGCACCAAUUAUAGACACCCGCGCCCGAUGCCGGGUUGGGGUGAUGAGACCAAUAUUAUCGCUCUUCCUGUGGUACCCGUGGUGUCUUUCCGAAAUGCCAGGGGUACCACCCUGUGGUGUGGCACCCUUUCUGUAUUCUACCCCUUCUUCAAGUGGACAGAUGUAUGCACACACGUGCGUGGGUGUCCUCGUUGCCCAGUGGGUGCGCCCAGCCACAGAAGACAAUCCAGAGACUGUGAAAAACUAACAUCCCUUCUCCUAUAGGAGACCAAGCAAGGCUGCCCUGCGUCCGAAUACUCUCAUCGAGAACAGCCCGGAGACCACUUGGAUUCGGGAGUGACUUUGAACUUGUGUUCACACCUCCAGCCGAUUCUCAUUAAGAUUCACUGGUUUUCACUCCCCACCUCCACACUCCUUUCAGGUUAUUGUACAUGUGAGUCAGUUGUGUGUGUGUGUGUGUGUGUGUGUGUGUGUGUGUGUGUGUUUGUUUUCCAACGAGUUGACAAGUCUUGGAUAGCCAUCGUUUACCCAAAUGAUGUAUAUUAUAAACAGAUUUUUAAAUAAUUACCAGGAUGAGCCUGAAUUUUUGGGAAUUGUUCCGCUGUGAGUAUGGAAGACCUGUAUAAAAUUUCAGUAAAUAACUUCGGUGCGGGAGGCCAGCCUGCAUCACACGUAGCCCUUUGCUGGCAGUGGAUUCCCCUAGGAAGGUCCAAAGGGAGCACUCAUCCGAAAAGGGAAGGUUUCAUGGAAGUAUUUGGUCGCCUUCAAACACCAAUUCUUCCAAUUUUACUUUUUGCUUAUUCCCGAAAUAAAAUGUCAAUAUUAUCGCUACAGAAAGCGGGAGGGAAUGAGUGAAUGAAUUCUGAGACUAUUUAGACAGGUAGCAAGGGACGAAUACUUGUGGCUGCUUACCUCAUUGUCGUAAUCACCCCAUUUACCCACAUUUUUGGAACCGAAAGUAAGAAUACUUCAGUCCAAAUCUUUUGUUCCUCUUAUGGGCAAAUAAUAAAAGUAUAUCUGAGAGCUCCAUUCCUAGAAAAGGAACACCUCAAAGUCUUCCUUUGAGAGUAUCUGAUUUCUUCAGACCCCACCACGUUACAGUAACACCCCCCCUCCAAGUAAAAAUCCCAGUUUAGUGCAUAUAUAUAUGCAAAAAAUUUCUUUCUUUUCAAAUGACAUGUAAGUUGUAAAGACUAAUUUGUUGACACAUACUUUGGAUGUGCGUAUAUAUAUAUAUAUAUAUAUAUAUAUAUAUAUAUAUAUAUAUAUGAAAAGUUGAGGUAAAAUUUAAUAGGGAGUUUUUUUCCUUCUCUGGGUUGUAAUUUAAUAAUCUUCAAACAAAAUGUUUAUGAAAAAUGCCAAAGAUUCUAAACCUUAUCAUCCCGUGUCUGUUUUCCUUCAUAUUAUAUCUUCCUGGGUUGCUUUCUGGCUGAGCUAGAUUUCUGCAUGAUUUGAUUUACUUCGAGUUAAUGAAGCUGGCUGGAAAAGAGUCUUGCAGAAAUUAUAAAAGCUCCAGUAAAUCUCUUAGUUGUACAUACAAUAGAUACCCAAGAACCUCUUUUGUGAAACCAGUUACUCAAUCUUCUGUGUAAACAAUACCUCAUUGUCUCACUCCCAACUAUCAUCUAGUUUAUCAUAGUCUGUCAUUUUGUAACGACCUAAGUCAGACAUUUUUAAACAGACAUGUGAGAUCUGAUCAGUCAUUUGAAUGAAAACUUUCAGCAGCAAAAUAACCCCUUAUUUAUUUAACAGUGGAACCAAUGCUUCAUUGUUGUUCUUCUUCUAUAGAAUUUCAAAAUGAAAUAAUUUGCCUGACAAGAAGGCAUCAUUAGUUAGACUUAUUUCCUCUGUAGCUCGACGGAAAUUCUCAGCAUUAAGUUUAGGCUACAAACAGCUACUGGGAUGCAAUGGCAGGACCAAAUCAACCUUUAAUAAACUGUGUAUGGAAAACAAUUGUUACUUGAUUAACUAGACACUGGACGUUAGAAAUGAAUGUGAGCUGUAAGUGCAAUGUGAAGAUUGAUUCAAGUCAUCAGAAACUUGUAUGGAAGAGUCCAGAUUGCUUUAAAUAAAAUGUGUGGAUUAUGGAUUCCCAGUGUGCUAAU